UAAACCCCCCCGAAACUCCACCUUCCGGGCGCGCGGCGCGAGCCGGGCGGUGGGAAUGGAGCGAGCAGAUUGAGGCCGCCACUGCAGCGCCGCCAGCAUGAACUUGGCUGCGAGCUGAAGCGGCGGGCAGCGGGCGGGCGCGGGGGCACCGGCCGCUAGCCAGGGGGUGAUCUUCAAUCCGGCUGGGCCAUUCGGCGGGCGCCUGGGGGAAGGCUGCCUGUGCCGGCGGCUGCCCGCCCCUCCGACUCUGUCCUGGCUGCUGCUGGAGCUCCGCAACACGCCCUGUGUCUAGGUCGUUUGGAAAACGCCUUGGAGAGUCAAGAAUAAAAUUCCAGGUCAAACAAUGGAUGACUGGAAAAGUCGACUCAUACUCGAGAGCAUGCUGCCCCAUUUCAACAUGGCGGGAAAUCGUCAGGAGUCCAGAAGGCUCCAGGAAUCGGGAACCAAUAAAAGAAGACAGGAAGGAGACAACUUCCACUUUACUGGCAUGGCUGACGGGGGCUACCCUAAUAAAAUCAAGAGACCUUGCCUUGAAGAUGUCACCCUCUCUAUGGGCCCAGGUGCCCACCCUACUCUUUCUACAGAACUGCAGAUGCCCACAUUAACCAUGAAUCCUAGCUCUGCAGAUCUGGGUGUAGCUGGCCAGUCAUUACUUCUUGAGAAUAAUCCUCUGGACAACAAUGCUGUGAAUAGCAGUGCUAUGGGCUCACCGUUUGGGGUGCCGUCGACUGCAGACACAGGGCUGAAAGGGCAUGCUAUUCCUUAUUAUGAGAAAAACAACAAUAUGCCAGCUGUGGACCAGGAGCUUCAAGAUCUGCUGGAGGAACUAACCAAAAUUCAAGAGCCUUCUUCAAAUGAUCUUGACCUUGAGAAGAUUCUGGGGAACAAGCCAGAAGAGCCUGUGGUUGAACAUCACUCCCAGGCUCCCCUUGGCCCACCUGCCAAGCUUCCAAUUCAGAUGCCACUUAUGGAGAGCCUUGGGCCCAGCAAGGAGUAUGCGUCUAGCUGCAGUCAGGCCACUGACACAUCACUCCCAGUCUUGCCCUCCUCCACAGAGAUCAACUAUCCCAUUCCUCCCACCAGUAAGCAGAUAACCUCACCCAGUUCUUCAACAGCACAGGCUCAGGUUAAAAACCAGGCGCAGACCAUGCUCCCUGUCACUUUGCCUCCGUUAUCUGUGCCUCAGUGGCAUCAUGCCAACCAGCUGAAAGCACUUGCGGCCAGCAAGCAGGGAUCUGCUACAAAACACCAUGGUUCCAACCGUAGUUGGUCCAAUCUGCCUACUCCAGGCCUCUCCCCACCUUACCUACGCGUGCCAUCACCUCAUCCACCACCAACACAGCCGCCACCACCACCACCAUUCAGCCCACAGAAUUUCACAGCACCCUGCAUGUCAUCUAAUAGCUUGUCUGGAAGUGCUGCGCAAAGCUCGUCCAAUGCCUUACUCUCCAGCAUGGCCCCCAGCAGCAAUGCUGCCCUUGGGCCCACCUUGUCCUAUGCUCCAGCGAAGCUCCCAGCUCUGCCUCACAAUCAGAAGCCACAAUUCAGCCCCCAGAGCUCCAUUCUUGCCAAUCUGGUGUCCUCUUCUGUCAAAAGCCCCCAGGGACACCUAUUAUCUGCUGUGCCUACCAGCACCCCAGGACCAUCCCCACCCUACCGCCCCGAGAAUCUCUCCAGCCCUGGCUUGCCACAGCAGUCCUUCACUCCACAAUACUCUCUGAUCAAGAGCCUUACUCCUACCAGCAGUCUGCUUAGCCAGCAGCAACAGCAGCAGCAGCAGCAACAACAUCAACUGCAGCAUCAGCAGCAGCAGCAACAGCAAGCAAAUUCCAUCUUUAAGCCUAUGACCAGCAGCCAGCAAAGCAAAACCCUGAGCAUGAUCAUGCAGCAGGGCCUGGCAAGUUCCAGUCCAGAAGGACCUGAGCCCUUUAUCUUCAGCAACACCAAACCCUUGUCGCAUUUUGUUUCUGAGCCAAGCCUGCAGAAGAUGGCCUCCAUGCCUGCCUCCUCCAGGCAGUCAUCCCUGUUCUAUUACCUGCCUCAGGCAACACCAGCACAUGUUCCUUCUGCCACUGCCUCCUCUACUGCCACUGCCACCUUGCAACUCCAGCAGCUGCAGCAGCAGCACCAUCAGCAGCAGCACCAUCAGCAGCAGCUGCAUCAGCAGCAGCUGCAUCAGCAGCAGCUGCAUCAGCAGCAGCUGCAUCAGCAGCAGCUGCAUCAGCAGCAGCUGCAUCAGCAGCAGCUGCAUCAGCAGCAGCUGCAUCAGCAGCAGCUACAUCAGCAGCAGCAACAACACCACCACCACCAAAAACAACAACAACCUGACCAGUCUUCAUUCCUCCUGCAGCAGACAAUGCAGCAACCCCAGCGCUUUCAGCGCAUGGUGGCCUCUGAUUCCAUGCCCGCUCUGCCUGGACAGCAAGAGAAUCAGAGAUCAGGUCCUAUGGCAAUGACCCCUAAACAGCGGAAUAUUUAUAUCGCCCAGCAGAUGACUCAAUUUCAAGCAGUACAAGAACAAGUCAUCUCCAAGUGUAUUCAGACCCAUGUGAGACCCCCAUCCAACCAGCAUAUGAUGCCACCCAAAACUGAGCUCCUCCAGGACAAUCUGAUUCCAAGACUAUUACCACCCUCUAGCCACAUAGGUGUUUGCUCAUCAGCUCUGAAGAAACAGCAAGUCAACACCGGCUUCUCAUUUCCCAUCUCCUCAGGCUUGGGUCAGGAUCCCCUGAAUAGUCUUGGCUCUGUGUGUCCCAAAGCCAAGGCCAUGCCCCCAGAAGUGCCCCUGCCCAAGUUCUGUGUCAACCACCUGGGUAGCCAAUCCUUUACUUCCCACCAACUCAGCUUCCCUAGUGUGCCAAUGAUGUCUCUAGUGUUUAGUAAUGCAGUCUGGGCAGUGGCAGCUGCAGCUGUAGCCACACCAGUUUCAAAGAAAUCACCCCUGAGCCAAGUAGAUAUUUGCAUGCUGCAGUGUUGUGAUAGUAGUACCAUCCUCUUUGCCAAGGCACCCAUAAGUGUACCCCCAACAGCUCUAGCAUUUCCAUCUCAGCGGGCUGUGGUCCAGGCCAAUCAGAUAGCCCCAGGAGUCAGGCCUGGCCAGAAGGUGCCUGCGGCUCUGGUUGGCCCCAGAUUCAGCUUAUUGGGCAAUCAGAGCUUUGUGCAGAGCCCAGCACAGGGGCCAGUGCCUGUACUGAGCACCACGCCCCUCCAGCAGAGCAUGGCCAGCUGCUCUCCCUUGAGUCCCGUUCAGGGACUAGAGCCGCCAAGCUAUGUAGCUGCUAUUGCUGCCACCAGCCAGUCCCCAGGUACCUUGAUGAGAGCUAGCACAUCCCCUGAGCCACAGGACAAUGUCUUGCCUCAGGCCCAGUCCCCAACCAAUGGACUGAUCUCACCAUCAUCUGCAGGCAGUGAGGUGAAUUUCGUGGAAGAACUUUUAGAAGGCUCCAGUGUGGCCCCAGAUGAAGACUGGGUGUGCAACUUGAGGCUGAUAGAUGACAUUCUGCAACAGUGUGCUGCUGCCCCAAAUGCCACAGCACAGAAUGCUGAACAAGUCACCCAGGGUGCCGAGGAGCUGUAAAUCAAAGCAGGGUGCCCCAGAAAGCCCCAUGCUCUCACUCAGAGUUGUUGCCUGAAUCUGCAGCCAAUGUGAAACUGGCCCUAGACACCCACAGUAGGCUCCCAGUUCCACUCUGAAUCCUGUCAACCCUGCCCAUCCCCCUGUCAACCUGAUGAAGAAAAAGCAGGUGAUUUUUCAAGCUACUUGUACAUAUUUGAAAAUUUUGUAAAUGGUUUUCCUAAUCAUAAAUGACAGAAGUAUUUAUACUUGGUUUUGUGGCUUUGUAAAUAAAGUGGCGGCUUUGGUUGCAAUAGAAUUGUGUUUAUUAUACAUUGUUCCAAACAUGCAGACUGUGUUGUUCGCUCCAGUGAUACCUUGUUAAACCAGGUGGCUGAGUCACUGAGGUUUUCAUGCCACAAGAGAUGUGGAUGUGACCAAGAAGUGUUGUUGUGCAAACUGACAAAUGCCAAAUAGAAGCCACUUGGUCAUUAAUUUCCACUCCAUUACAAACUGUGCUACCCCGUGUGACUAUCCUAUCUCUCGCAAGCCUUUAAGUCUCAGCUAGUUCUUUCCUAAUGAGCAUUUACAGCAAAAGUCGUGGUAUGAGUAAGUGGCCCACAGAGACACUCAUGGAAGGCCAAGAGCAUCCUUUAGGGUUGGUUGGGAGAGGUGCAAAAAUAGCCUUUGAGCUGAGUUUGUGACCUGGCCACCUCAAGGAACUAGAGCGUUCCCUUCCCUUUGUCACCUGUGGUGACCUUCAGACGCAGAGAAAGCCCCAGCUUUAGAAAGCUUUAGUGUGACAUCACAGAGUGAUGCUUUAAAAUCUGCUUUAAACCAUUUGACAUUCAUUUCUAUAGAAACCUCUGUAGUUUUGGGGGGAAAGUCUGUAAACAUUAAUAGUUGAUUUGGGGUUUGUCGUUAAUGGUUUCUAUUUGCAAUUCUCGUCAUGUAUAUUUAAGCGUCAGUUAGAGAAACUCUACAGCCACUGUCCUGUAAACUUUUCGCAGUGUUCAGAUCUUGUGUAAUCACAUUUUAAUUGCCACCUUGUAUUUUGAUUCUACAAUUGAAAUCUGGCAUCUGUUUCAGGCCAGUGCAUUUUUGUUGUUGUUGUUGUUGUUGUUGUGAUUUUGUUGUUCCCCCUUUGUUCUGUAAUAAACAGCCAGGAGA